AUGGACCGUAAAGAAAAGGCAAGCUUGCUCUUGAAGGUCAAAGACAUCAAUGUCAACGUGCAGGACAACAGCGGGGACACUCCCUUACUAAGAGCAGUUAGGCUAGGGCCUGGCGCAGUCGUUGGACUGCUCUUAGAGCACCAAGACGUGGAUGUUAAUCUCAGAGGCAAAGACGGCGAUACUCCUUUACUAAGGGCCGUGGAGCUGAAUGCCGUAUCAGUGGCGAGUCUGCUCUUGAAGCACAAUGGCGUCGAUGUCAAUGCGCCAGACAAAGGUGGGGUUGCUCCUCUGCUAAGAGCAGUGAAGCUGAGGCGGCGUUCCAUGGUGAAACUACUCCUGGAGCAUUCUUUUGUGGAUGUCAAUGUCAGAGAUCGAAGCGGUAGGUCAUCGUUGUGGUGGGCGGUGUACCAGGGUUCCGAGGCAAUUGUUGAGCUCCUCCUCGAGCGACCCGACAUCGAUCUCGGCGGUGGAGCGCCCGAGCCGUGCGAUGCCUUGGAGGAGACGUCGCCACUGGAAAUGGCCAGGAAAAGAGGUUAUUCCCGAACGGCCACGAUUUUGGAGCAAAGAAUGCGUCAGAAGCAGGUGCAAUAG